AAAGCUUCACUGUGACGCGUGUGACGGCUGUGGCUGUUUGACGCCCUUGACGAUCUGGUAACGGCAUGCGAAGCGUUCGCAGGGUGUGGGUGGUGUGAGGCUGUUCUGGGAUAGUAGUUGGUUUUUUUUGAAGUUUUUGUUCUCUAAUUCAGAACUCGGGUGAAGCACAAACGCGUACAAGUUCAGAAAAUGGCGGCGACCCUUUUGACCAAACCAAAGUCUGAGAUGACACCAGAGGAAUUGGCAAAGCGUGAAGAAGAAGAGUUCAGCACUGGUCCCCUUUCUGUUCUUACACAGUCCGUAAAAAAUAAUACACAGGUGUUGAUCAACUGUAGGAACAACAAAAAACUUCUGGGACGGGUGAAGGCAUUUGAUAGACAUUGUAACAUGGUGUUGGAAAAUGUGAAGGAGAUGUGGACGGAACUUCCACGAACUGGAAAAGGAAAGAAGAAAGCAAAACCAGUAAACAAGGACAGGUUUAUUUCCAAGAUGUUUCUGCGUGGUGAUUCAGUCAUUUUAGUAUUAAGAAACCCACUAGCUACUGCAGGUGCAAAAUAAUGUCUGCAAAGGGAUCUUUAAUUAUACUGAAAACCUUUGGAAUACAUAGGAUGUUUACACACGUGGUAUGUGACAACAGUGGUUAUCAGCAAAAUCUGUCAGUGAUAUUGGACAUGAGAACACAUUGGAAACUUGCAGUGCCAUCUCCUUACUAGAUUGUAAACCAUCACUUAAUAAUUUGUUGAAAAAUGGCCAAAUGUCAAUAACACUGUAUUUUAUAUUGAAGCAUUAAUAAAAUAUCUGUACUGUGUAACA